CUUCUUCCCCAGUAAAAUUUCCCUUAAAAAUUUUUUUUUUACACGAUUUCUUUUUCUUCUGUGGAGAAACUGAAGAACGUAUAAAUUAAAAGACGCCAAUCCAAACACGCCUUAGGGUUUUCUCCUCCUCUUCCCCUCUUCUUCUUCAGCACUCUAACAGAAGAAAAACCCAAGCCCUAAAACCUCACAUUCACAAGUAAAAUAAAAAAAAAGAGUUCUUUUUUUAUUUGACCUUUUCACCUAUAAGGUAAGCUCUCAAUAACCCAAAUCUCAAAAACCCUUAUUUUUCUCCCCCUUAUAUAUCUCUUCAAGAACCCAGAAUUAGGAUCAAAUAAAGUUUGUAACUUGGGUCUGGGAACCGUCUACUAUACAAGGACUGAACAGUUAAAAAGGGAAAAAAAAAUCAAUCAAUAUGGACGAUGUAGAAAAAGCAAUAUUGAUUAGCUUUGAUGAAUCAGGUGCCAUAGAUUCAGAGUUAAAAUUACAAGCGGUGAACUUUUGUCAGAAAAUUAAAGAAACCCCAUCAAUAUGCAGCCUUUGUAUUGAGAAGUUGUGUUUUUGCAAGCUCGUUCAGGUUCAGUUUUGGUGUUUACAAGCUUUGCAGGAGGUUAUUAGGGUAAAAUAUGGGUCCAUGAGCUUGGAAGAGAAGAACUUUAUCAGGAAGUCGAUUUUUUCUAUUGCGUGUUUAGAAGGUAUCAAUGAUAAGAUGUGUGUUGUUUUGGAUAGUCCUGCAUUUAUAAAGAAUAAGCUUUCUCAGGUUUUGGUCACUUUGAUUUACUUUGAGUACCCUUUGAUUUGGUCAUCUGUUUUUGUUGAUUUCCUGCCCCAUUUGAGUAAAGGGGCUGUGGUGAUAGAUAUGUUUUCUCGGCUUUUGAAUGCAUUAGAUGAUGAAUUGGUUAGUAUGGAUUAUCCACGGACUGCUGAAGAAGUGGCAGUUGCAGGAAGGGUAAAGGAUGCAAUGAGGAACCAGUGUGUGCCUCAGAUUGUCAGAGCAUGGUAUGACAUUGUGUCUAUGUAUAGGAAUACCGAUCCUGAAACUUGUGUUACUGUUUUGGAUUGUAUGAGGAGGUAUGUUUCCUGGAUUGACAUUGGGUUGAUUGUGAAUGAUGCAUUUAUUCCACUAUUGUUUGAGUUGAUUUUGGUUGAUGGUUUGUUGGAACAACUUCGUGCUGCUGCUGCUGGAUGUGUUUUGGCAGUAGUUUCCAAGCGAAUGGAUGCGCAUUCUAAAUUAUCUCUAUUGAAGAGUCUUCAAAUAAGUCGAGUUUUUGGUUUGGUGUCUGAUGAUAAUGAUUCUGACUUGGUUUCAGCAAUAGCAGCCUUAAUUACAGGGUAUGCAGUGGAGGUUUUAGAGUGUUCCAAAAGGGUGAACACAGAAGAUGCUAAGGUGAUUUCCAUGGAGCUUUUAGAUGAAGUUUUGCCAACGGUUUUCUAUGUAAUGCAGAACUGCGAGAUGGAUGCAGCAUUUAGUAUUGUCCAAUUUCUUUCAGGUUAUGUUGCCACCAUGAAAACCCAUUCUUCUUUGCAAGAGAAUCAAAUGCUUCACAUAAGUCAGAUCCUCGAAGUGAUUCGUACACAGAUUCGUUAUGAUCCCAUGUACCGCAAUAAUCUUGAUAUGGUAGAUAUGAUUGGGGUGGAAGAAGAAAGCAGGAUGUUGGAAUUUAGAAAGGAUUUAUUUGUAUUGCUACGGAAUGUGGGUCGAGUAGCACCUGAAGUUACUAGGAUCUUUAUCAGAAAUUCAUUAGCUAGUGCCAUUUCAUCAUCAUCAGACAAGAAUGCGGAAGAGGUAGAAGCUGCCCUUUCCCUUUUGUAUGCACUUGGAGAGACGAUGAGUGAUGAGGCAAUGAGGGUGGGAAAUGGACUAUUAAGUGAACUGGUAACAAAUCUUUUAUCAACAAGAUUUCCUUGCCAUUCCAAUAGGUUAGUUGCCCUUGUCUACUUGGAGACUAUAGCAAGGUAUAUGAAGUUCAUUCAGGAGAAUGUACAAUGCAUUCCUUUGGUUUUGGCUGCCUUUCUUGAUGAAAGAGGUAUACACCAUCCAAACAUUUAUGUGAGUCGCAGGGCCAGUUAUCUGUUCAUGAGGAUUGUAAAAUUGCUGAAAUCUAAGCUUGUGCCUUUCAUAGAGACAAUUUUGCAGAGCCUGCAAGAUGUAGUUGCUCGAUUUACAAGUAUGAAUCUUGCAUCAAGGGAACCUGCAGGAUCUGAAGAUGGUGCUUACGUUUUUGAGGCAAUCGGCCUAUUGAUUGGAAUGGAAGAUGUGUCACUGGAAAAGCAAUCCGAUUAUCUCUCUUCAUUGCUCACUCCUCUCUGUCAACAGGUCGAAGUAACAUUGAUGAAUGCAAAAGCAUUGAAUCCAGAUGAAUCUUCUCUACAACUUGCUAAUAUCCAGCAAAUAAUCGUGGCAAUUAAUGCUCUAAGCAAGGGUUUCAGUGAGCGCCUUGUGACCUCUAGUCGACCUGCAAUUGGUCACAUGUUUAAGCAGACAUUGGAUGUUCUUCUACAAAUUCUUGUUGUAUUUCCAAAGGUAGAGCCUUUGCGGACUAAGGUUUUAUCAUUCAUACACCGUAUGGUGGACACCUUAGGAGCAUCUGUGUUUCCUUACCUUCCGAAGGCAUUGGAGCAACUACUUGCAGAAAGUGAGCCGAAAGAAAUGGUCGGUUUCCUCUUACUGCUCAAUCAACUUAUAUGCAAAUUCAGCACCUUGGUCCGUGACAUAUUGGAAGAAGUGUUUCCUACUAUUGCUGGUAGGGUAUUUUGUGCCAUCCAAAGGGUUGUUGAUUCUUCAGUUACGGAAACCAAUACGGAGGAAAUUCGUGAAUUGCAGGAACUUCAAAAGACGCUAUAUACUUUUCUUCAUGUGAUAGCCACACAUGAUCUCUCUUCCGUUUUCCUUUCCCCCAGAAGCCGGGACUACUUGACUUCAAUCAUGCAGUUGCUGUUACAUACAUCUUGCCACCAUAAGGAUAUUGUUACAAGAAAGGCUUGUGUACAGAUAUUUAUCAAAUUAAUUAAAGACUGGUGUGCCAAGUCAUCUGGUGAAGAAAAGGUACCUGGUUUCAAAAGUUUUAUCAUAGAGACCUUUGCCACAAACUGUUGUUUGUACAGUGUGCUUGACAAAUCCUUCGAGUUCGGUGACGCAAAUACUCUUGUUUUAUUUGGAGAAAUUGUGCUGGCUCAGAAAGUGAUGUACGAGAAGUUUGGGGAUGAUUUUCUUGUUCAUUUUGUAUCAAAAGGAUUUCCAUCCCCGCAAAAUCUGGCAGAGCAGUAUUGCCAAAAGUUGAAGGGUAAUGAUAUCAAGGCAUUGAGAUCGUAUUAUCAGUCACUUAUUGAACAUUUACGAGUCCAGCAGAAUGGAAGCCUUGUUUUCAGAUAGCAGUGGCCAUAUGAUUAUAUUUUCUAACUGAGGGCUCCACAUAUAUACACACACAUACUUUGCCAGCAAAGGUUCCCACCAUCUUGCAAUUAGUGUUGUUCCAUUUUCCUCAUUCAAGUCUCUUAUGAUUUGAAGUUAACAUUGCAGGUUUCUUUAUGUAAAUAUCAAAUGUGUUAUGUUGCUUGUUUCCAUGGACAAAGAGGUAUUUUUUAAGUUGCUCAAAUAUCCUUCAGUUUCAUCCAGCUGAAUUAGGGUGAGAGUUUUUGUGAGAGCUUUUCAUAGUUUUCCCUUUCAUUUUUUGGAAUCAUUUUUUUUAAUCUUCAAUUAAGUGUAUGUGUGACUUAGAUUAUUA